UUUCUUUGAAUUUCAAUAGUCUUUCAAAAGAUUUAACUAUAAAUAAUUGGUGUUAAGUCACAUCACAGUGAUAAAUCAACUUAGGUUCACUUUUUCGAAGAAAAUAUUAAAAUCAUGGUGACGCUGUACAACAUCGAACUAUCCUCUAUUUGAUGAGAAAUUUUGUGUUUAAUCCAACAUUGAUCCUUAUCUGUGAGCUAUCCAUAACUGCCAUAACUGUUUGAUGCCUGUAUUUCAAAUCCAGACCUGAUGACCUGAUGCCAAGAUUAACUGACAGGCCUACGAGGAAUUAAAGAAUUACAAAUUAAAAUGGAUAUCUGUCGCACGUGUGCAGAUGAGUGCAGCGCAGAGCUGGUUCCUAUAUUCUCCAAGCUUGAUGGCAGAUUCAUUGCAACCGUUAUUGUAAACUGCAGUGAUGUUUCGAUCAAGGAAGACGAUGGACUCCCGACGUAUGUUUGCGCAACCUGUUUGGUCAAGGUCGAGCAGAUCCUGUCUUUCGCCCGACAGGUUCGUGAGGCAGAUCGAAAACUACGGCAGCUGUUCAAGCUGGAAGCACCGGCUGAAACCAUGACAAACGAACAAGAUCAUUUCAUCACAAUACCGAUGGAAGUAGAAGUGAAGAUGGAAGUGGAAGAUGAAGAUGAGUUAAACGCAAAUCAUGACAGAAAGGAAACUAACAUUCUGGUAGAGAAGCAAGAAUCAGACGAUUUUGAAGAUGAUAACGACAGUGACUGGAAAGGUGACGACAAGUCUUCAGAUGAAUCAAGAGAAGACGGAGAGAAGCCGAAGCGACCAAACAGACGGAAACCAAUCGCCGUUGUGAAUCUGGAUCCGGAAGGAGAAAGUUGUAAGACAACUAGACGACGGACUAGACGGAAAGCAGAUGAUGAAGAAAAUGCGGUAGAAGCAGAAUCAUCGGAAACAAAAUGCAGGAAGGCCAGCAAACCGUCAAGAGACUAUAAUACAGAUGAUGGGGAUGACGAUGUCAACUCAGAUCUGGAUGAAGUUGAACUAGAAAUAUACACCCUGGUUCAACCGAAAGACGGUACCGUUUUCUGCUGUCAUUGCCACAAAGACUUCCCAUCUAUGAAUGAAUUACUAGACCAUGGAAAGCAGAAACACUCCAAGAAGGUUCGCAAGGUCAACUAUUCAAAAAAGUUCGUGUGUGAUGUAUGCUACUGCAGGUAUAUGACGCAAGAUGCUCUAGAUGAGCACUAUGCCAUGAGAGCAAAGCUUCACACGAGAAAGAUUUACGAAUGCUCUCGAUGCUCCAAUCGGUUUGCAACGGUCAAGAGAAGACGCCUGCAUGCUCAUAACCAUCCCAAAUACCAAGAAGCUCUAGAUACAGACUUAGAGGAGCAGAAGGAACGGAUAGUAACGUGCUGCAUGAAGACGUGCAACCAGACGUUUCUAACCAAAGAAGAACUUCUAGAGCACGGUGAAAAGGAGCACUCGAGUAACAAAGCCAUGGUAACUAACCCACUGAAACCGCACGAGUGUCCGGUUUGCUUCAAGACAUUCGAGAAACUGGAGUCAUUGAAACGACACCGGUAUCGGAUAUUCAUGUCGUCUGUGCAGUGUUCGAUUUGUGGCAAGCAGGUUAAGAAUAGGAAUGCCCUGUACAAUCACGAACGGUUGCACAAUAGUGAUAAGACGAAUGCGUGCGAAAUUUGUGGCAAGGGGUUCAAGAUGAUUGCCCAGCUGAAGAAUCACUACACGGUGCACAACGAUGAGAAACCGUUCGUCUGCAAGGAGUGCGGGUGGAGUUUCAAGCGUAGCAGUACUCUGAAGCAUCAUAUGCUGCAGCACACGGAUAUGCAGCCGUGGAAAUGCGAGGUGUGCGGAAAGUGUUUCAAGAUCAACGAAGACGACGGUUUACCGUCGUACGUAUGCUCCGAAUGCAUGGCCAUAGUCAAGCAAAUUCUUUCCUUUGCCAAUCUAGUCCGGGAGUCCGAUCGAAAACUUCGGCUUCUUCUUAAUGCGGAAACUUUGUCUGAAAAUGUCCACAAGCUCGGAAGCGAUCAUGAGGAGAGUAAUUUCGUUACUGUUCCGCUGGACGUUGAUAUAAAGCUAGAAGUCGAUCAAGACGAAGUGGAUCAGAACUUGGACAAAAGGGAAACCAACGUGUUGGGUAGCGAUCAGGAAUCCGACGAUUUUGAAGAUGAUAACGAUAGUGACUGGAAAGCUGACGGUAAGUCUUCGGAUGAAGAAUGUCAGAAUCGAAAGGUAACAGUAAAGCGACGAACGAGACUGAAAACUGUUUCAAUCGAUAGCUUGGAAACGGAGAAUGAAAAACCGAAGCGAUCUAGACGAUCCACUAGAACUAGACAGAAAGCUGGCGAGGAAACUGACAAUGUCGAAGAAGGAUCGCCAGAAUUGAAAAGGAGUCGAAGUCGCAAAUCAACUAAAGAUAGUGACUUAGAUGAGAAUGAUGGUGUCGACUCCGAGUUGGAUGAAGUUGAGCGGGAAAUGUUUACUCUUGUGCAAGUUGAAGAAAAUAGACAUUUUUGCUGUCUGUGUUAUAAGGAUUUUGCUUCCCGAAGUGAGUUGGUGGAUCAUGGAAAGCUGAAACAUUCAAAGAAAACUCGGAAGGUCAACUAUUCGAAAAAGUUUGCUUGCGAGGUGUGUUACUGCAGAUAUGUAACAGAAGAUGCUUUAGAGGAGCACAAGGCCAUAACAAAGAAACUACACACAAAGAAAAUCUACCAAUGCCUACGUUGUUCGAAUCGCUUUGCAACAGUUAAGAGGAGACGCAUGCAUGCUCAUAACCAUCCUAAGUACAAUGAAACUCCAGAUCCAGACUUGGAGGAGCAGAAAGAGCGCCCGGUAACGUGUUGUAUGAAGACCUGCAAUAAGAUGUUCCCCUCGAAAGAAGAACUCUUUGAGCAUAGCCAACAAGAACACAUGAGUAACAGAGCUAUGGUGAAAAAUCCGUCCAGGCCUCAUGAGUGCCCGGUUUGCUUCAAGACGUUCGAAAAGCUACAAUCGCUGAAGCGUCAUCGGUACCGGAUUUUCAUGUCCUCGAUGCAGUGUUCGAUCUGUGGCAAACAGUUCAAGAAUCGCAAUGCUUUGUACACUCAUGAGCGUAAACAUAACAGUGACAAAGCACAUGCGUGUGAAAUUUGCGGAAAGCGAUUCAUGCUGAUGACUCAGCUCAAGAAUCACUAUGCGGUGCACAACGAUGAUAAACCAUUUGUGUGCAAGGAGUGUGGAUGGAGUUUCAAGCGGAAUUGCAAUCUGAAGCAUCACAUGCUGCAGCACACGGACAUGUUGCCGUGGAAGUGCGAAGUGUGCGGGAAGUGUUUCAAGGGAAAGUAUCAUCUUCAAUAUCACAUGCGGAUUCAUACUGGACAUAAGCCUUGGAAAUGCCGUUACUGUGAGAAAUCGUUCGCUGAUCAUGCUAACAGAGCACGCCACGAAACUUCGCAUACUGGCAUAAAACCGUACAAGUGUACGUACUGUGACAAGACCUUCAUCCGACGACGGUUUCAAAUCGAGCACGAAAGCACUCACACAGGAAUCAAACCGUACCGGUGCGAAAGGUGCAACCUCACCUUCGGUCAGAAGUCGGCACUCAAAAAGCACCUGGACAUACAUCCGCUUGCACCGGAGAAUCAACUCUCGCUGGCGCAGCCAUCACCAAUGCCAUUGUCGGUGGCUGAUUCUCCGAUGCCCUCUCCGUCACCCUCUUCAAUGCAUCCACCACCACCACCACCAUCUUCGACAGUCAAUCCCAGCCAUUCCAGUACGGGGCACCCAUCGCCUAGUGGUGUACCCUACCCGCAUAUGUAGGUAAGUAGUUUUUGGCUACAUUGAUGACAUGAAUUUAAAAUGAUGAAAACCUAUGAA